AGGAGGUAAAGGUCUGGCACAUGUAGAAGUGUGGGCAGCAGCAGAGUGCUGGGUUUGUGCAGGUUGCCAUCCAGAAAAGCCGCACACGAACACAAGCUCCUCCUCUCUCAGUAGGAUGAAUAGCGGCUCCAAUCCUAAAUACCGAGCUCGGGUGGCAGAUUGAUGAGCGAUUUGAGCGCACGAUUGCUUCCUUCUCCCCCUCCCCUAUGCAAUGCACUGUGCGAGUGUAGGAAGGAGCAGGAAGAAGAAGGGGAGAGGAGCCGAGUGAUCAUCUGUAGGGAACCUGCUGCCAGUGGAUCGGCUGCUCACACUCAGCUCCCCGGGGACACGCACUAUGGUGGCACCUGCCCACUCUCAUCGCCACCUGGAACACCAGGAGAAAUGCGCAGGAGUCGCCAGUCGCUUCAGCAUUGAACAAAUGAACUGCCGCUGCCUGACAAAGAGCCUCUAAUCGCCCACUGUCCGUCCCCAGUGAGCCGCCGGCUGCCGUGUCGCACAGCGUUAUUACAAUGGAUGUGUAGCGUCGGGCGCUGGAGCAGCCGCAAUCACCAGCCCGGGCUAUCUGCGCAUCUGUCUACUUCCCGGGGCCCCAUGAGCAGAGGAGCCACCCUCCAGCGCAGGACCACCUACCACAUCUCUCUCACUCUGGUCAAACUAGAGGCUGUAGGGGAAGAAAAGAAGGGGGAGAGCAGAGAAGUCUAUCGGAGACAUGACACCCCUUCUCUCAGCAACACCCCCGGACUGGCCCAUUGCCUCUCUCUGGACAGGGAAUUCCCAGAUGUCUGGCUCUGGGGUGGGCCCGAUGCCGGUUCCAGGGUGAGAGAUCAGUCGGGGUCGGGAGUCGCUUCUGCAGUGGCCGGCGAUGGCUCUGUCGCAGGGACAAAGGUGAGAAGCAAGGUGAGCCGGAGCCAGAGCCAAGCGCCCAGCAAGGCAACUUUCUCCGUCCAUGGACACACUGCUGCACCCGCCUCUGCCCUGCAAAGACCCCCACCCAAAGGAACCGCAGUUCCUCUGUCCAUAGACUCCCGGCCACAUUCCGCGGCUGCUGGGGAACCGGGGAGCAAAGGUACUUUCCCAACUGCCGCCCUAGUACCAGCGAGUAAAGAAGCCGCCUCUCCCAAGUCCAUCAAUGAAUCCUCGACAGCCUCUACAUACAACCGGCCUCCCAGUCAUGCAGCCCCUCCACCUGCUCACAGACACAAUGGCACCUCUGAUCCUGCAGCCUUGGCACUCACACAGAGUGGUGGCACACCUUACCAGCCAGCCCAGGCACCUACAGCCAACGACAGUGGCACAUCAUACCCUCCAGUCUUGUCACCUACAGCCAAAGACAGCAGUGCACCAUAUAGGGCAUCCCAGGCUCCUAAAGUUAAGUACAAUGAUACCCCAUGUCCUUCAGCCUCUGUACCCUUCCCUUCAGACAGCUGCACCCCAUGCCCUCCAAACCCUCAUCCUUCAGAUAAGGAAAGUAGAACACCAGGCCCUUCACUAAGAUUAGCAGGUCCGGUUUCCAAAACCAAGGAUGUCAACACGCCUGGUCUUGCAGCCCCAGCUAAAGACACUGGGAGAUCUGGUGCCACCUGCAGUCCCAUGAUGCCUGCAGCACCAGCACCAAAAAUUAAGGAGAAGGACCUAUCAAGACCUACAGCAACAGCACCCAAAAUUAAAGAAAUAUGUACUACAGAAAUGACUCCUGUAACAGAGACAGCUCCAGGACCAACAUCAAAGAUCUGUGGCACAUUAAUACCUGCAACUCCAGUGCCACCACCACCUGUGGGUAGUGGCACAUUAAUUUCAGCAGCUCCAGCACCAACACCUAAGGGCAAUAGCCAAUUUGUUCCUACAGCUCCAACAACGACAACUAAGAGCAGCGGCCAAUCAUUUCCAGCAGCUCCAGCUCCUACACCUACAGGCAGGGGUCAAUCAAUUUCUACAGCACCAGCAUCCACACCUAAGGUCAGCAGCAUGUCAAUUUCUGCAGCUCCAGCAUCCACUCCUAAGGGCAACUCAUCUGUUUGUACUCCAACAACCAUAACUAAGGCCAGUGGCAUAUCAAGUCCUGUGACCUCAGCACCCACAUCUAGAAAAAGUGGCACAUCAAGUUCUUCAACACUAUCUAAGGACAGGGGCAAAUCAAGUCCUGCAGACCCAUCACCAACUCUUCAGAGCAAAGAUGUAUCACAUUCUGUAGACAGGGUACCCACAGCUGCUUGUGGUGAGAUAUCAGGUCCUGUAGUUCCAACUCCAAAAGCUGAAGAUAGUAAUAAAAAGAGUUCUGAAACCCAGUUAGCAGGAGAUGAAGUUAUCACCACAUCUAGUACCACAGGCCCAAUCAAAGACACUGGUGCCACCAGCACUGCCACACCAGUGCCAGCAGGCCAGAGAGAAUUUACAUUUGGAACAGCUCGGGUGAUCCGAGGUUCCCUCAUCAGGAGACCUGCCUUGGAUACUGAUGUGUCACGAGAUUUAGUCAGCAGUCCUUCUGUUCCUGUGCGAGGGUCCCGCAUAACAGAAGGAGUUAAUGCAGAGGCCCCAGCCAUUGAAGCUAGAGUCUCCUCACGAAGCUUCAAGGCUGUGAGAAUUCCAGCAGUUUCCACUGAGAGUCGAACUGCAUCAAGGAAUAGAGCCUCAUUCAUAGCAGAAAAGUCCAGUAAAGUAUCUGAGUCAGAGGACAAGCCAUGCCCAGUCAUAACCUCUAUACCCAGAGUAACUGCUCCUCCAAUCAGUGCUGCCCGAACCGCAGCUGCCUUGUUUUCUGCAUCUCGAUCAGGAGGAGCACCUCAUUCUGCUGCAAGGUCCAGUGAGGCGAAAAUAACUGCUAUCCGAACUGCAGCUAGGGGAGUCAGGGCAGUUUCUUCAGGGGCCUGUACUGAGGACCAUGCAGGCAGAAAAACACCAAACACAGUCGGCUUAGGGGAAAGAGCUCAGACCGGAGAUGCAGGAACCUAUCCAGGGGCAAAAGCAUCUGUCAUGGGACCAAAAACAGCCACUGGGACAUCACCAGUUAAAGUUGCAAACGUUGCACCCAGGCCAAUGAGCUUCUUUGCAGACCCUAUACCUGUCACUGGAUUGCGAACUAAAGCCUCAACUGCUGUGAAAGCACCACUUACUUAUACCGGUACUUACCCUGGGGCCAAAUCAUCUCUUUCCGGGUCCUUUACAUCCCUGGGAAGUAAAGCAUUGACUGAUGGCUCAGGAAUUGUGGGUCUAUCUGUAGAAGAAAAGCGGAAUGCAGGGUUAGUUUCACCACAUGCUGUCCGAUCUCCAGCCUUCUCCCUUCCUCUCAGCCCUGGGGCCAUUCUGUCUGGGGAGGAGGAGCUUACACCAGAUAACGACGAUCCUGGUAAGAGUAAACGCCAGGAGCGGCUCUUCCUGAGGCAGGAUGCCAUGUGGAUCAGCACAAGUGUAACUUCAGACUAUUUCUUACAGUCAUCUCCUGGGCGGCCUGGCAGUGGUGGAAGCUCUCCUGGAGGACAUCGCCAAGAGCUUAGCCCAAAAUUCUUUUCGGGGCCUCGCUGUUCAUUUAGCUCCCCAGGUAGUCCAUUGCUUGCUGCUCCUUUUCAGCCAGGCACACCUUACAGGGAGGCUCCUGUGAAUGUGUCCCUUACAGUAAGCCAAGAGCCUGCAAGGGGAUCCACAGAAAGUUGCCUUCAUAUUGAGCGUAGUGCGUCUUUGGGGGUGAGUUCAGCAGGAGUUCCUAAUGCAGGCGAGCUUGUGAAAGGACUCCCUGUCCUCCUUACUCCUGGUAAAGAAAAGGGCGGGAGAAUCCUGAAGCUUAAAGCCUCUAAGAGCCAGGUAGAGAAACCUACAGAGCAGCGAGAUAAACUUCAAAACCAGAAGAGUUUCUCUAACAGGCUUUCUUGGCCUGAGAAUGAGGGGGGUAAGAGCCGCUCCAAAUCCUCUACUAAGAGCAGCCCCAGGGUGGAGACACCCAAGCUUUCAGGAGUCACAGGCAAGAACCUAUUAUCCCCUGCCUCAUGUGACCCAAAGGGUUUUAGGAAGGGGAAAAGUAAGACUGUGGACAAUAGUGACUUGGACCCCACUGCAGAGGAUUUGAAGAAGAGCCAGGAGGGAAGUUCACCCACAGGGGACAAGGCCAGGGCCACAGCAGCAAGGGAUAGAAAAAUGCUUAAAUUCAUCAGUGGGAUCUUUGCCAAGAACACUGCAUCUGUGGCCUCAUCAGUUUCACCUAGUAGUUUGAGCCCAGGAGAUGAGAGGGAUAUGCUUCACAAAUGUGUGAUGAACAGCCAGGAAUGGACAUUAAGUCGAACCGUACCUGAAAUCAGAGUGGGGGUUUUGGGCAGUACGAAAAGUGCCAAGUCUGCCCUUGUGCAUCGCUUCGUGACUGGCUCCUAUCAACCCCUUGAAACACCUGAAAGUGCUCAGUUCAAGAAAGAGAUCUGUGUGGAAGGACAGAGCUACCUCCUGUUAAUUAGGGAAGAAGCCGGAGCUCCAGAUGCCAAGUUUGCCAACUGGGUGGAUGCCGUCAUUUUUGUGUUCAGCCUGGAGAAUGAGGCAAGCUUUCAAGAUAUAUUCCAGUAUUAUGCUCUUCUGGCAAACUAUCGCAAUGUCUCAGACCUCGCUAUGGCACUUGUUGGGACUCAAGAUAAAAUAAGUGCAAACAACAAAAGAGUGGUAGAGGAUGUGCGGGCUAGAGCCCUUUGCAAUGACAUAAAACGGUGUGCUUACUGUGAGACCUGUGCCACCUAUGGACUCAAUGUUGAUCGGGUGUUUAAUGAAGUUGCUCAGAAGAUGGUUGCAAUGAAGAGGCAGCAACAACUCCUGUCAUGCAAGUCAUUACCAAGUUCUCCAAGUCACUCUUCUGGAUCCAUUGCAAUAGCAGUGCAGGCAAGUAAUGGAGGAACAACAAAUGAUUAUUCAUCAUCACUGCCUUCCACACCAAAUAUCAGCCACAGAGAACUACGAAGUGAGGCGUCAAUUGCAGUUAGCACCCCCAUGUCCCUCCAUCGUGGUGCUAAGAGGCGCACAAGUAUAUUUACAAACCGAAGAGGAAGUGAUUUGGAAAAGAGAAGUUUUGAUAGUCGGGGAGAGGGUGUUGGUGGGGGUCGAGCUCUGCCAAUUAAACAGAGCUUUUUACUGAAACGCAGUGGCAACUCUCUGAACAAAGAAUGGAAGAAGAAGUAUGUUACCCUGACAAGCAAUGGGGUCUUGCUCUACCAUCCCACCAUUAAUGAUUACCUGCAUAGUACACAUGGGAAAGAGAUGGAUCUUUUACGAACUACAGUGAAGGUCCCUGGUAAAAGGCCUCCAAUAGCCAUAUCUGCCUGUGGCCCAUCCAAUAGUAUCAACGGCUUGUUGAAAGAUGUCAGCAGUUCUCCGGGGGGAGAUGCAGCAAGUAACAAGGUUCCAUCAACAAAAAGCAGAUCCAGUGGGGAUGUUAUUUCCAGCCCCAGCAGCAACAAAGAUCCACCCUCUUCCCCAAUGAGUGAUAAAAAGAAGAACAGAAGGAAAAAGAACAUGACCCCUUCAAAGACAGAAGGAUCCGCUGGACAGGCAGAUGCCAAGCGCAAAAUGUGGAAGUUAAAAUCAUUUGGUAGCUUGAGAAAUAUUUAUAAGACAGAAGAGAACUUCGAAUUUAUCAUCGUCUCUAGUACCGGUCAGACAUGGCAUUUUGAGACAAGCAGCUUUGAAGAAAGGGAUUCUUGGGUCCUAGCCAUUGAGAGCCAGAUCCUCGCUAGUCUGCAGUGCUGUGAGAGCAGCAAAAAUAAGGCUCGAAUGGACAGCCAGAGUGAAGCGGUCGCUAUCCAAGCCAUUCGGAAUGCUAAAGGGAAUUCAUUUUGUGUGGAUUGUGGUGCCCCAAAUCCUACCUGGGCCAGCUUGAAUCUGGGUGCUCUGAUCUGCAUAGAAUGUUCAGGAAUUCACAGGAACCUUGGUACUCAUUUAUCUCGGGUUCGAUCACUGGAUUUGGAUGACUGGCCCCUAGAGCUCACCCAUGUUCUAACCUCUAUUGGUAAUGAAAUGGCCAACAGCAUAUGGGAGAUGACAACUCAUGGAAAAACCAAACUUUCUCCUGAUUCCUCAAGAGAGGAGAGAGAAUCAUGGAUCAGAGCAAAGUAUGAGCAGCGAUUAUUUUUGGCCCCUCUGAAGAGUCCAGGGGUCCCCUUGGUGAAACAGCUUUUUAAAGCUGUUCAAGAGAAAGACCUUGGCAAAGUACUUCUUCUCUUAGCCCACAGCAACAAGGAGCAAAUAAACGGAAUCACUGGAGAUCGAGACAGGCGCACUGCCCUUCAUGCGGCCUGUGAACUGGGUGAAGUUGUGAUCACGCAACUGCUCGUCUGGUAUGGCAUUGAUGUGAAGUCAAGAGACAGCAAUGGCCACACCGCCAUAUUUUAUGCUAAGAAAACCCACAGCCAAGAGUGUGUGGACAUUCUACUGCAACAUGGCUGUCCUAAUGAGUCCUCAAGCGCCCUGUCUACUCCCAGUCUAAGAAGGAAAAGCAGCUCUGCCAGCAUCGUGAGGACUGAUUCCCGGACUGCCCUUGUGUAACCAGCAAUGUCUUUAAAGAAAAGGCAAACAAUCACUGACUUUGCUCCCCGAGAGUGAGAGAGAGAGGGGGAGGGCUUGUCUGGUUGCUCUUUUGUGCCAAUAUGUUAUAUGUUUCACUGAAAAAGAAAUAAGCAAAUGUGCCAUUCUGAGUGUAUGUGUAGAUAAAAUGUGUAUAUUUUGGAAGAAAUUUGAAGAAAUGCCAGCCAUUUUAAUAUUUGCCCACUGUAAUAUUUUUUUCCAUGUUGCUAUAAUCCAGUGUGUUUGUAUUUAAUGCCUUAAUCCUUUCAAUAGCAAAGGAGCAGUUUUACACAAUCAUUCCCUCAUGGCAAGGUCAGUGGAUCCAAGGAAUUUGCAAGUUUUUGGUAAUUACCAGAAACUGGAAAGAUUAAAGUCUAGUGUCCAGUGAAAAUGCGUUCCAGGCCAUAAUAAAGUUCAAAAUGGAUCUAGGUUUAAAUUAAUGUAGAUACAUCAAACCAGUAGCCUUCCAGAUUUUGGUGUACAACUCCCAUUAUUCUUUACCAGCACCUUGCUGACUAAUGAUGGUAAUGGUGGUGACAUCAGUUCAGCAACAAGGAGGGCUUGGCCUACAAAAAAGGCUUUAGGUUUUCAUUGUUGUACAUGAUGGAGACGUUACAUUCAUGGCAUAGCACAUAUCAAAUACAGAGCCUGAACUUAUCAAUUGUAUAAACCUGGUAAAAGAUAAUUGUUCCCCAUGGGUCAUAAGUAUUUCUUAUAUGUACAUUGUACAGUGGCUUGAAGGAGAAAUUGUGCUCUCAGAUGUCUUGUAAACAUUUGAACUGAUGUUUUGGAAAUUGUACUUGUAAUUGCGGGCUUCUGUGUUAGAAAACAUGACUCUAAUUGGUUAAUAUCGGCCAUGGCACACUAACUCUCAACCAAUGCUAUUCAUCUCUACGUGCUCUUUUAUUUUUAUUUUUUUUCAAAUUAAGGAAUUUGUGAGUGCUGAAAUGAACUACAAGUGUUUUCAAUGGACGGAAUUUAAUGGGGGCAGCUUUAUGAUUUAAAGAAAAUGAAAUUUGCUUAAUUAGUGAUGUUCCAGUUCCAACACAGAAACCCCUUUAAACAAGCAUUUUUUGCUUCAGUGGAUUGUAUUUUCUAUGAGUAUUGCUAUGUUUAUGAAAUUGUUAGCAGGAUAAAGAUUGUAUAUUAUUGUGAAUAAGCACUGUGUGCUUUUUGGUUUUUUGUUACAUAUACAGUCUGCUUCUCAUAGAUUUCUUUUUUCCAGAAAUCCCUCCUGGAAGUAUAUAUAUAGCUCUAACGUCUGUUGUUCAAUUGGCUGGGUGACACUUGCCUUCGCAGAUUAACAUUCCUUUGACUUUAUCUUUUGGAGUGUAGUAAUGUUUAUUCAUUUUUAAACUCAAUAUUUUAAAAUGGUUAUAUUAAAAUAAAUUUGGUGGUAAGUAUAUAUUAUUUCUAGUGAUGCCGAGCGUUUCGCCUUUUAGCCACAACAACCACUUGACUUAUUGUUUGCUAGGAGUAAGUAGGGUCUAUGUAUUUGACUCUAUUACAGUUAGUCCACAAACAAAUGUUUGAGAGUCUUUUGUGAAAUUCACAAAUAAAGGUACAAUGCCGA